CAAACUCAACGUUACGUAACUGACACAGUACUAUGUUCUGACUUGUUCAUCAUAAACGUGUUCUUGUUUUCCAUCUUCACGCGUCAAGACCUUCCGCGGAGGUUGUAACCAGUGACCCGCCGUAACCCUCAUGGACAGAAUACGCGGUUUCCUUACGCGCCCCAGGCCAGAUGCGAAUGUCGCCAGACUUCGACGGCGAAGACAGGCGGCUACCUUUAUCCAUCGUAAUUUAACAAUAUUAACAACUGCCUUGUUUAUCGUUGGAUAUGCGUGGAUGCUGCUUAUCCCUAUACCGUUACUCUCCCAAGGAACAUACAUAGAUGAGAAUGCGCUUCAGCCAGCGCAAGUCAACACAUAUUGGAACUGGGGCGACGUUCAUACAGCGGACUUGCAUCUGUACCAACUGGAUGGUAUACAAGAACGAAAUCUCACAAGUGAGCAGAGAGCGGAAUUCUUUAGGAUGGAGUUCAGUAAGCUUGGCCUCGCUGCUUCUACACAGAAUUAUACCUUCAGUACAAGCAAAGGGGCUAUCUCGGGCAACAAUGCAUACGCUGUAAUGUCCUCGCCUCGAGCUGCUGGAACGGAAGCCAUGGUGAUUAGUGCAUCAUGGUUAAGCGCCGCAGGACACGGCACACUGAACUUACGCGGGGCAUCUACUGUAUUGUCCCUUGCUGCAUUUUUGAAAGAUUAUUCCUUAUGGGCGAAAGAUAUCAUCUUUAUCAUCAGUGAUGACUACCUUCAUGGCAUGCAUGCAUGGCUGAAUGCAUAUCAUGGCACAAUACCGUCCAAUCUUCAUACAGACCUUCUCGAGCACACCUCGGGGGUCAUUUGGACUGCUUUAAAUAUUGACUAUAGCAGCCAUUCUUUCUCUCACCUUGGUGUCUUCCACGAGGGCUUGAACGGACGUCUCCCAAAUCAGGACCUCGUCAAUUCUUUCCGGCUUAUCUCACAUUACACAGGCGGCGUCCCAAUGAUUGUGUACGAUCACUUGGAGCCAACCGAUCAACCAAAUCGGUUCCCAGAGCAGAGUGUCCUUCCGUCAUGGGUUGCGACUUUUCUUCGGCAGAGUCCACAACUUCAGCAAUACGAGUAUCGCGCGCGGAAUGUAGUCCGACACAUCGGCUAUCAGGCUCGCGGUAUGUGCAGCGGGGUGCAUGGCCUAAUGCAUCAAUUCCGUAUCGACGCUAUCACCCUAUUUGCCGUUCCAGCAGAUGGACCGCAUGGGUUCCAUGCACUAGGCAGAAUCGUCGAGUCUACACUCAGGACGAUGAAUAACCUUCUGGAACGUUUACAUGCUUCCUUCUUCUUUUAUAUCUUAACCAGCCCUGGGACUUUUAUGAAGAUUGGGAAGUUUCUCCCAAGCGCCAUCCUCGUCAGCGUUGCUAUGUUAUUCAAAGGGCUCGGCGAGUGGGUGAAUGCGGGAUGGGUCUGCGAAGUAUCUGGGACCUCGUUGAAAGGCAACGAGACUGAGCCUACUCCCGCGAAAAGCACAUGGAGAAACAGACGACGGCCCUUACUGUCUGCGCUUAUCAUCAUGAUGGCUACUCAUGUUUUAGGAGUGCUCGUAUUCAACUUAGUGUGCAGUCAAUACUUUGAUGAGAACCGAUCGUUUCUAGCGCCAGUAAUUUUUGCCACUGUGUCCAUGGCACCCCUCGCGCUCCUUCUACUACUUUCGACGAAUGCCCCGGAAGCAGCCCCAACUUCAGUGCUCCUGAAAUCAUCGAAUUUAUGCUUAGCGUCAACAGUGAUAUCUAUCUUGUCCCUACUAAACUUUUCUCUCGCCGCCGUGCUUGCGAUAAUUAUGGGUGUCCCUCUCGCAACGGCAUCCCCAUUUUCAAGCGCGAUGACCUCUCGUUUGCGAUAUGCUGGCUAUUGUGUGCUAGCAUGGGGUUGGCUGGUAUUAGUACCUGGAGAGGUAGAAAGCGCGAUCUGGAACUGGGAGGUCCUGGGAGUAUGGUUUGCACCGUUCAUCUGUAUUGUGUAUGCCCCGCUGGUCAUGCAAGCGGGAAUUGUAUGUCUACAAGGGUCAUGAUGAUAGAUCGAUGA